GGGACCACCAGCCAGCACAGCGAUCUGGAGUUCAUCGGCCAGUGAGUCUGCCUCCAGCUUCCCGAGCAACGCCUUGCUGCCAGCACUCUGCCAGCUGCCGGGAGAGCUGCCACGCUUCUGCCCUUCGUUCGAAGGUGACGUUGUUCCAGGUGAUCUUGCUGCAUCCAGUGCAAUAACCUCAGACCUUACUGUGGCUGCCAACCCCAAAUUAAGUGCUGCAGAGGGGCAGUGCUCAUUAUUACCUGCAGUGUUAACGCUGACUUUUUGUCACCGGUUAAGAAUGGAAGUGCGUGGUCCUCGGAGGAAUCCCAGCUACCUCUCAGAUCUCUAUGAGAACAUGUUAAGGGCUGAAGGAGCAGUGAGGCGAGAGCAGCAGAAGCCCCCAGCAGUCCAUACAAGUUACAGCAAGACUUUUCGGAGCAGUGCCCCAACCAAGGAGAGUCCCCAGCUAAAUCAUCAUCCGAGCAGCACCUCCUCCAGCUGUGACCCAGCCCUGCGGCCCAUCAUCCGCCGCCGAGCCAGGUCCCUGCCGACAUCACCCGAGAGGAGGAAGAGAGCAGCAGUGCAGUGUCGGGAACCCGGCUGCCAGAGCCGCGGCCGUGUCAGGUUUGCUGAUGCUUUAGGCUUGGAGCUCACUGAAGUGAAAGUCUUCCAGACCGGGGAGGAUCCAUCCAUCCCUUUGCAUGUCCUUUCCAGGCUCUCCAUAAACUCAGACCUCUGGAACAGCAACUUAAACUUGGAGUUUACUAUGCACUGCUUGGUCCCUGACUUCCAGCAGCCUGCAGACUGUCUGGAUUUCUCAUCCCGACUCCAGGAGCAGCAGGUGUGUCUGGAACGGGUGGCCAGCUCGGAUCUGGGGCUCAGCGGCACCAUCCAGGUUCGGAAUGUUGCUUUUGAGAAGCGGGUGUCCGUGCGCUACACCUUCAACCAGUGGGAAAGCAUCCAUGAGGUGUGUGCUCGUUGGGACUGCAGCAUCCCAGAGAAAAAUGGGCAGGAUCAGGUUGAUGUGUUCACUUUCUUUCUUCCUGUGCCUCCUUUCCUCCUUCAGCUGAGCACUCUCGUCCAGUUUGCAGCAAGGUACCAAGUCAACGGCCAGGAGUAUUGGGAUAACAACAGAGGCAAGAACUACACCCUCAGGUGCCGGACUCACCCCCUGAAGCUGCCAAGGGAAUGUGAGGAGAGCUGGAUCCACUUCAUCUGAACAAAGGAAUUGGUGCUGAGCAGCUGUCUUGGUGGCGCUCUGUCCCUUGGCAUGGCUCCACUAUGGCAACACUCCUCUUUUUGAAACCUGCCAAACUGAGUCUCAAGGCCAAGUGUCCCAGGGCUGGGAAGCAGCCAGUGACCCCUACAAACUGCUCUAAACCUCUGGGAAAGUUAAAAGAGCUAAAAUCUGUAGUGAGAUACAAUCAUGGAAAGGCCAUGUGGGGUUUUUGAGUGCAUGAGUCAUUGCAGAAUGGUUCCCAGGAAUGCUGUGAGGCUACCAGAGAGGAAAACAACACAUUUCUUGUUGCCAGUGAUACUCUUGGUUGCAUAGAAUGUUUCUAACUGAUCUCUCUUACCAUUUUCUACUGUUUGUUUUCUAAGUGGACAGUGUGGCUUUACUGGCUUUGUUUCUAAUUUUGUUUAUAUUACUUCACCAAGUCAGGGCAGUAUUCCAUUUAUGCAUAAUUUGGAUGACAGACACUGUAGGGAGUACUUGUAUUUAUAUACAUAUAUUAUUAAGGCUGUAAUCACGUUAAAUAUUUCCAUUAAUAUCUGAGCUGGGAAUUAAAUGCUACUGUGAGCAAAACAUACAUGAAAAUGUGCCAUCAGCCCCUAUGUUUCCCUUGGGAAAAAAACAAAAGGUGCCUUUUCUUAUCUCCUCCUUGCAGCAGGAGUGAUUGUUACCAAAGUGUGUGUAAGGCAGACCUGCCUGGGGAAAUUCUCACCUUUGUCAACUGAUGCCCACGUUUCUCAAGGUGGUGGUACAGAAAUUGUCUUUUCCUGGUGCACCUGCUUUUACUAAGGGAAACAAGACCGGUUUUGGACUUGUGUUGCAAAUGCAGUUGAAGGUAUCAAAGCACUGUAUGAAUGCUCAUGAUUUUAUUGCUGUUACUGGUAAAAUUAUAGAUCGAGAAAUGGAUAUGAUAUAAAUAUAUAUAUAUAAGGAAAAUAAAUAGUGGAGGGAGGAGGGUGCAGAAGCUUGGAAUAGCAUUCCAGAACCCUGAAUCAUAGUUGUUCCCCAGUGUUCCAGAACUACUGCAGAAGUAGCUUUGACUUCUUUAUUUAACUGCUUGCCAUUGUAAAACAGUUGAACUCCCAAGACUGCAGCCUUUGCAACAAAAGUAGAAACUUGCGAGCACUUACUUUGGUAAACUGCUACUUACACAGACCCAUAAACAGAAUCCUUUCUGCUGCAGGGAGAGCACAGGAACCCUGUUAGACCAUCUUCCGGUGCUUCUUGAUCUGUUACUUUCAUUCUGUGGUUUUAGUGUGGUUUAAGAUUUGCAACAGGCUUAAAUUUAUUAAGCAAAAGCUUGUCCAUAAUUGUUCCCAUACAUAAUCAUUACUGCAUGGAAAGUUUAGCUUUAUAUGUGUAGCAUAGACUUUCAGAGCUGGCUGGCUGGAGAUACUGGAAGAGCUGUGUUUUAGGACUAUGCUAUGAAAGUCAGGCCACUUACUUGGGCAUCUUACUUUGGAUUGGUGCUUAUUUAUUGAAAUCACAAGUUGUUUGUGAAAUCACAAGUUGUUUGUAGAAUCACAGUUGUAAGCAACCCAUGGCCAAUUAUGUAUUAGUCUGAAAAGUCCACUGAGUAAUUCUGGAAGUGCAGAAACCCCAAGAAAAUUAAUUUGUCUGGCAACUUAAUGCUGCUUCUUUGUUGUGACACCCAUUUAGCAAAGCUGGGCUCUCAAGUGAGGAAGCUGCCUCAUUCCAUUGGUCUUUGGCUUUCAGAGGAUCCAAAGUCAGGAAUGAGGAUUAUAUGAAUCCUUUUGCCGAGUAUUCAGAAAGCUCAGUCAUAUCUGACCAUGCACACACAUGCACAGAAGUACUUGUGCUGAAUAAAAGACACUAUUUUCAAGCAUUGUUCCCCCCUCUUCUUCUGUUCCACAUUACUGUUGUUCUUCUAUCAGCGAACACAGCACAGCAUAAAACCCUCUCUCUUACAAGACACCAGUUCACAGUGUGUGCUGGAGCACAGAGCAGUACUUGCUUUCGUGCCAGAAGGAUGUUGCUGUCUUCUGGGACAGACUGUCAUGUGCUAGCAAAUGUCAGACCUGAGUGUUCCCUUGGCCAGGCCAGAUUUUGUAAAGCUGAGGCUGUCAGGAGAAAGGUUCAUGCCAGAUGUAGCACAGUGUGAGAGGGGUGCAGAAAUAAAUGUCUCAGCAGUCUGAGUUGGGUUUCUACUGUCUUCCUUCCACAACCUCUCAGGGUAUUGCUGUGUGCAAGGUCUUGAAUACUAAAGACUGAAGCAUUAUUCCAAGUUUCCUUUUGCUCUCUGUGCUCUCUGCACUGCUGGAGAAGGGCUGACAGUUCAGUUCCUGCCAGUGCAGUUCUCUGGCACUGCUGGCUCAGUGGAGCUGAGAGCCUUCUCCGGGUUAAGCUGUUAAAACCUUCACACCCGUACUGGCACCUGUCACAGCAGAGCUGAUAUUUGCACUUAGGUUUUCUUGCCACACUCAGUAAUGAACAUCAAAUGGCUCCUGGUUGACAAAAAUGGGAUUAAGCCAUUUAGUGCUAAUACGCACCUGUCGUGAAGGUAAAUUUGCACCACAUUUAUAUCUUCUCAGGACAACUUGACUGCUUGCACUGUGUUCAAAUUGAGCACUUCCCUUAAAAUGAGGAUUUUGUAAAAGUGAAUUCUUCACAAGAAUUAUCACCAUAUAAUGCACUUUUAAAAACAUAUAUUUAUUAUUGUAUACAUAAUUAAAAUUAAUGUUUAGUAGUCCACGGUUUCAAGGUUUUUUCAAACAUGUUUUUUAAAGAAACAUGAAAUCCAUGUAAAGAAAAAGGGGUUGUACAUUACACAGUGUAUCAAUGAAGCACAUGUGCUGGGCAAAAGGUCCAGAGGUUGUAAAAUUGCAAAGUGCUUAAUUAAUUUUAAAAAGCAAUAAUAAAACUAUGGCUAUUGUAAUGCAGGAGAUUGAAAUAAAAGCUUUUCACAAUU